AUGGCGCCUACAAAUAAGAGAAGUUCUUUGUGGUUACAUUUCACAGAAAAAACUAGCAAAGAAGCAAUUUGUAAAUUUUGCGGCGUGUUGGUGAAAUUGGGAGGUGGCACAUCGAAUUUAAAAGGUCACCUUCAACGCAACCACCCCGGAUGGGACAACAGCAAUAAUAAAUGCAGUGACCCAGAAGUACAAAAUUUAGAAACUUCCAGCAGCGAAACUGAAAUAAGUUCAUCCUUCACUGCAUCUUCCACAUCUAGUCAACCAUCAAUUAUUGAUGCUUUUGAUAAGCAAAACCAAUUCAAAAGCGGAGGAAGUAAAGAAACAAUUCUGACACAAUCCUUAAUUUAUAUGAUUUGUAAGGACAACCUUCCAUUUAGCUGCACUGAAAAUACAGGCAUGAAAAAGUUCCUUAAGGUCACUGUGCCACGCUACAAACCGCCAAGCCGGAUUGUGAGACUUAUUGAAGGGAAAUACGAGUCCUUACACUUAGUCGUUUGUGGUGCUUUAAAAAAUGUAAGUUCACUGGCCCUUACAACUGAUAUUGCCACAGUCAUGAACUCCACUCGGAGUUUUAUUGUGUUGACUGGACACUAUUUUGACGAAAAAGCGUGCAGCGUGAAAUCUCUGGUUUUUGGUUUAAAAGAGCUUACUCCUCAUCAUACUGCAAGAAACAUAUGCCUCGACCUAAAGGAAAUCUUUGAUCAUUGGAACAUUGAACCCCGCAUUGUUACAUCAGUAACAACUGACAAUGGUGCAAACAUUGUUGCCGCUGUUAAGGAUCUUUUUCCUUCAAGAUCAAAUAGCAUUCAUGUGUCCUGCUAUGCCCACAAUAUUAAUUUGGUGGUCUCCAAAGGAUUGGGCGCUGUUAAAGAGCUGGCUAUAAUAGAAAAAGUGAAGCUUAUUGUGACAUUCUUCAAGCAUAGCAAUGUAGCUCAAGAUCAGUUGAGGAAAGAGCAAGAAAAAGACGGUAGAAAAGAUGGUACAUUCUUACACUGUCUUCAAAGAUUUAAGGAAUUAUCAGGCUAUGUUGCAAAAAUUUUAGCAAAUUUUUUCUCAAAAAAGGCACCAUCUAUGAUUACUUCGUCUGAGCUUGCAAUCAUUGGCGAAUGUAUUGCACUUUUAUUGCCAUUAGAAAAUGCAACAAACGAUAUAUCAGGGGACAGUUAUGUUUCGGCUAGUUUGGUAAUACCAUUCACACAUUGCUUACAGUUGUCACUGACGAAAAUAUGUGCCACUUAUACAGAAACCAUACAACUGAAAGAUGUACUGCUACAGCAGGUAAAAUGUCGGCUACUGCCAUUAGAAAGCAAUAUACUGCUCGCCACUGCCACUGUUCUUGACCCUAGGUUUAAGAAACCCAUUUUCAAUCGCCGAUAA